GCAGUGCAGCGGUCCACCGGGGAACUGUGGAAAACGUCAGGGCCACCGAUCGUUGGGCCCUUUCGCCCAAGCACGGCCCGCUACCUUUCCAUCGACAUCUCCGUCGGGGGCGGGGACAUCAGCAUCUCCCAGAAGAGUUACUUGGAGGAAAUGCUGCAGAAGGGGGGGCUGUGUAAUUGCAAGUCCAACGGGUCCAUCAAUCUCGAGAAGGAGGAGUUCCUUGACUUCGACGGCGACGAGCGGGAUGUCGACCUCAGCGAGGUGCGCCUGGCCCAGCGCAUGGCUGGCGGCCUCCUGUGGCUUGCUAGCCGCACGCGCCCAGAUAUCUCUUACGCCACGUCGCGGGUGGCGGCUUUGGCCACUCGCAGGCCUGCGAUUGCUCUGGCCUUUGGCAAGAAGGUGUUGCGCUACCUCGCCGGCACGCGCGGUCACGGCAUCGUCUACGAGAGGGGCGAGGGCACCGACGUGGGGGCGGUCGCGGUCAACACUUUCGCCGAUGCAUCGUUCGAAGACGUAGGUGCACAGACUGGCGUGGCGACCUACCUGUGGGACUCGCUCGUGGAUUGGCGUUCGGUGCGCCAGCAGACUGUGCCACUCUCCACAUGCGAGGCCGAGGUCAACUCCUUGGCCGUCGGGGAGGCCAUGCAGAGCUCGAUGAGUGCGAUCCUCGAGAGCAUGAUGCUCAGGAUCCGCGCCACGUUGCACGGUGACAAUCAAGCGGCCAACCAGGUCAGUUCUGGCGUUGGCAGCUGGCGGACGCGAGCCCUGAGCACGAAGGUGAACGCGAUCCGGAGCAGAGUGCAGCGAGGGCUGCUUGACCUGCUCUACGUCCAGACGCAGGAGCAACGCGCGGACGGACUAACGAAGUGCGGCGGGGUCCAGCACGCAGCGAGGAUCCGGCAGCACUUCGGGCUUCGGGUUCUGGUUUGA